UACAGGUAACUAUAAAUACAACCAUGGCGAGGUUAAUUCAAUCUAAUUCCCACCAAACCUAAAGGGAGGCCUUUUUGUGUGUGUGUGUGAUUAUUCAAGAUCAAGAAGCCUUUUCUCCAAAAGUAUACACAGAUACAUACAUCUUUCAAGGCAACUCUGUUAUUCUAAGGUUACAGAGAAAAGACUUUGUCUUGUUUUGAUGGAAGAUCGUAUCAGCGAAUUGUCUGAUGACAUUCUGUCCUUCAUUCUCUCCUUUUUGACAAUGCGGGAUGCUGUUAAAACGAGGUUACUUUCACAUAGAUGGAGAUAUCUCUCUCCACCGCUCUCCCAUCUUCAGUUUGAUGUUCUUACUCUGUUUGGAACCCACGGGGAAAGUAGUUCUAAGUUUAUUACAGCUGUUGAUCAAGUUUUGCUAGCUUGCAGAGGUAAAAAAAUAGGCACUCUCAAGGUCCGCUUUGGCCUAGGCGAUGACCAUGCUUUCCAUGUUGAUAGGUGGGUUUCAUUUUCCUCUGCAAUGCAGGUUGAGAAAAUAGCUUUUCACUUCUCAUGCUCUCCUAAAAGUUGUGGAAGUUAUAAUUUUCCAUGUCAUAUUCUUCCCGCUGAUAAAGCAUCUCAUUUGAAGCAUCUGUGCCUUGUUUCCUGCACGCUGAGGCUUUCUCCUAAAUUCACAAGCCAACUCAAUCCUUUAAGAACCCUGGAUUUGGAUGGUGUACCCUUGGAUCAAAGUGGCCUAGAUAUCAUCACCUCUGCUUGUCCGAAACUUACGCUGUUGAGAAUGAUUGGUUGUGGUCUGCCUAAGAUUGUGUGCAUACACGGCCAACUCCUCUGUCUGAAGACAUUGAUCAUUCACGAUACUUUGAUCAGUGUUGAGCUUAAGUCUAUUAAUCUUGAAAUCUUUGAGUUUUUUGGUCAUCCACAAACACUCACUUUUGUUGACGUUCCGCAUCUGAAAAAAGCACUAGUACGGUCGCUUUUUAUUUAUCGGAGGACAUCGCCAAUAUGCAACGCGCUUGCGAAGGAUCUUCCUCAGCUUCAGUUUUUGUCUCUGAUAGUAAAGGAUGAGGUGCUGCCCCUUCCUGCAACCAGUCCUAAAUUCAUCUCUCUUAAACAACUGGAUCUGUUGAUAUGGCCGUUUAUAGAUUCUGACCUCCUCACAGUUAUCUACCUGUUGAAUGCCUCUCCUCUUCUGGAAAUCCUACAACUGAAGAUCGGUCAUCAAGGUGAGGGAAGAAGCAACGGAGAAAGAAGAGAAUACUCAAGGCAUACCCAUUCACAUUUGAAAGAAGUUAAAAUGGAAGGAUUUCGUGACAAAUGGAAUGCGAUGGAGCUCGCAAUAUAUUUGCUAAAAAACACCAUUGCACUUGAGCGAAUGGUGGUUGUAGUCUCAGGUUCCACCUUGCAGAUGGACCUAAGACAGAGGGUCACCAAUUUAUUGCACAAGGAAAGAGGUAAUUCAACGGCGGAACUGAUCAUCCUUUGAUUGCCAUACUCUAUUUGAGGACAGUUUAAUUUCUCUUUGAUAAUUUAUAUUGUGUUCUUAAUUAUUGUACUGAUGCGGACAAGAAGAACAUUUUAAGAUGCUUUUCAUUUUAUUA